AUGCGCCUUGUUGUUCUGAAUAUAAGUGUUACUGAGAGGAAAUUAGGUUGGUUCGCAGAGGAGAUCAGCCAGACCGUGCAGUGCGUCUUGCUGAGCAGCUGGUAUCUCCUCCAGUACUGUGCCUCGGAUACCAGUACAUGUAGAAGAAAAAUGGAAGUUAUUGAGCUGGGAGAAGUUGACUUGAACUGUCCUUCCAACUGUCAAAUACAUAAUACCCACUUCUUCGGAACUGACAGACAGAUAAUAAGGAGAGGGCAAGCCUUUAGCUUUUAUGCUCGUUUCCAAAACCGGGAAUGGGAUGACUCCGUGGACCAGGCUGCUUUCACCGUGGAAACAGGCCUCAGACCCUGUGAAUCAAAUGAGACAAAAUGCACCUUCCCAAUGGGCAGAUGUCUGGAUCAAACCUGCUGGAGUGCUUCCUACAAAGUUCAUCAGCCGAAAUGCAUCAGUAUCAGCGUGUUUCCUCCCUCCAAUGUCUGCAUUGGCCGUUAUAUUCUCAAUAUGCAAAUCACAUCUUGUGGUCACACAUAUCAGCGGUGUCUUGGAGAUUUUUAUGUUCUUUUUAACCCUUGGUGUGCAGAUGAUCCUGUAUAUUUGGACAAUCAGCUCCAUAGGGAAGAAUAUGUUCUGAACGAACAUGGAAUACUGUAUGAAGGAGUUCACAAGCACAUAACCUCUCGACCAUGGCACUUUGGACAGUUUGAAGAUGGGAUUCUGGAUAUCUGCUUGAAGAUCUUAGAUAUGGGUGCGAGUUACCAUCAUGGAUCUGAUCGUGACCACUGUUGGCGCAAUGACCCUGUGCAUGUCAGCAUGGUGGUGAAUCACAUGAUAUGCAGCCAUACCACUAACAGUAUCAUGAAGAUUCCAGAAAGCAAUGAUUACCUGAAAGGAACAAAGCCAUUUUCCUGGAAUGGAAGUGUCCCUAUUCUACAGCAGUGGUACAGUGGCAGAUGCAGACCGGUCAGAUAUGGGUACUGUGGAUCUCUUGCUUCAGUAAUGUGCACAGUGAUGAGGUGUCUGGGAAUUCCAAGUCGUGUUGUCACGAGCUUCUGUUUUCCUUGCUCGAUUGAGAAUCCUCUUGGUAUCAAUGAGAUUUUUGACUCUACUGGUAAAAACCUGGGUGGCAAAGACAAGCUAUGGCGAUACCACUGCUGGAAUGAAUCUUGGAUGGCUCGCAGAGACAUAAAUCAGUGCUGUGGUGACUGGCAGUGUCUGGAUCCAACACCUCUGGAAACAGGCAGAGGUUCAGCUUGCAGUGGUCCUACAUGGGUUCGAAGCAUCAGGGAAGGGGAACUGGACUUGGAUUAUGAUGGUCAUCAUAUGUUUUCUCGAGUAAAUUCAAACUAUGUUGGCUGGCUUUCCCAAAACAAUGCCAAAAGAACAAAAUUUUUCUGUGACACAUGGCCAUGUGGACAACGUCUAAUCACCAAGAGUGUCGGCAGUGAGCAAUUUGAAGAUAUCACUGGAUCUUACAAGUAUGAACUAGGUUCUGUGAAAAACAAAGAAGCCUAUUACCGGGCUUACAGGAGAAUUCACCCAGGAUAUUGCAAUGCUUCCAACUGUCAUAUCGACAGAGAGUUAUCGUCUCUGAAAAACCCAUUACUGAGCGACUCUGGAAUUAACAUGAGGUUAAAGAUGGCUAACUGCCCAAUGUAUGGUGAAGAUGUCCAGCUGAACUGGCUGCUUGAAAAUUUGCGUAAUGAGAACAAAACCCUGAAGUUUAAUUUGUGCGCACAAAUUAUAACCUACAGUGGUUUCCCAAUGGAUCAAUUUUGGAAAGAUAGUGUGAAUGUCACAUUGGGUCCAAGGGAAGGGUGA